CACUGCUACUGCUGCUGCUGAUUUCCCUGGUGGUGGUCGUGCGUCGUCAAACCUCUGCUGUUUGUUUAUUUAAAGUGAGACUUCUGGACCACGGCAUGGAGGCAGUGGCUCUGUUUUCCUACACAGCAUCAGAGGUGGGGGAGAUCAGCCUGAAGAAAGGAGAUGUCAUUAAGGUGUUAGACAUGGAGGACGACCCCCAUUGGUUCACAGCAGAGAUCCAGGGGAAGCGUGGUUACGUGCCAGAAAACUACAUCUCCCUCCUGCCCCACACGUGGUUCGCAGGCCGGGUGACAAGACAGGACACAGAGCAGCGUCUGCGCUGGCAGCCUCAAGGGGCCUUCCUGGUCAGGGAGAGCGAGAGUGCCCCGGGAGAGUUCUCUCUCUCCGUGAGCUACGGUGACAUGGUGGAACACUUCAGAGUUCUGGAAGGCGGGGGCCAGUACUGCAUAUGGGAGGAGUCCUUCUGUUCCCUCAACCGAUUGGUGGACUACUACAGGAGUCACAGCAUCGCCGUAGAGAGGGCGGUGUACCUUCGAGACCUCCAGUCCAAUACACCCCAGCCACUGCCCGAGUCCUCCCGUAACCCCUACCCCAACCCUUAUAAGAACAGCCCCCACAGGCUGCACUCACGGGCCUCACCCCCCGAGAGGGAAGCCUCCUCGCGACCGUCGGAACCAGCUCUGGGGAUGCCGCAGAUGGCUCAAGCCCUGUAUGACUACAAGCCCCCCCACGCUGCCCACCUCCACUUCCUGCGGGGUGACAUCAUCGACCUGCUGGACUGCUCUGGGCUGGCCCACUGGACAGGAAGAUGUCAUGGAAGAGUUGGUUUAUUCCCCCCAGGAUACGUCCAACCUCUACACCACUAAGUCAUAUGUGUAUAAAUAUAUAAAUGCUAUAGUUGCAUAUGCUUAACCAUGUGUCCCAUGAUACAUAUAUAAAUAUCCAUAUAUUUUAUACGAAGACACUUUGUUGAGGAGUGGUUACUUUGUUAUUUGUUGGAGGCAUACCUCUUGUUGACAUAAGACACACCUGCUAAUUAUGCAUAGACUGAUGAUUCAUUCUUAAAUCUGUAUUGGGACAGCAAGCCCAAAGACAUCGUUUCUUUAGAGAAAUAUGGAGCAAGAAAUAUUUCCUGUUUACAGGGUCAUGGGUGGUGUGGGAGUUCAGGGUGAAAUCCUGAUCCAAUUAUAGAUCCCGUGUCUUGUACUGCAUGUGCUCAGUAAGGCUAUCCACCCUCCUUAAGCCCUAAAAAAUUGGCUAAUCUGCUUUUAAUGUGCAAAUUGAAUGAGAAAUUGUUUAUAGACCUCUGGUGCUGCGAUAAUUCAAUUUAUUGAGGUAUUUCAAGAAUAUAUACACAAAAAAAAAAAAAAUUAAAACCACGUUAGCCAUACAAACAUAUACUUUAUGAAUAAUAUAAAAAAAUUGGAUUACAAUUAUUAAUCUUCUUAACGAGACCUGAAAUCAUUGCUAUCAAAAACAUCAACCUACUUAUUAUCAUCAGAAAGGUUUAGAAGAAAGAUUAGCUUUUUUACGUAAACAUUUAAACAUAAAGCAGUUCUAAACUCUAUGUUGCACACAAACUAAAAUGCAUCUUCGCUAGCUAGUUCCCCUCGGGGUAACGUUGCAGUAGAAUGAUUUUAAACAUUUUGGGAAAAGUGAGUAUAUGCCAUUCAAUACACCAACAAGACUUUUAUUUUCAUAAAUAGGACACUGUGUGGAGGGAAUUGUGACUAAUAGGUCGCCAUGUCCUCUUAGUUGCUUGCAGCUAUCUGCAGGUACAAAAAUAGCAUGCCAUAAUUCUUAACAAAAUCUCAAAUGUGUAUCUUGUAGUUGCAUGGGCCCAAAGUUUUGUAUAUUAAGUAACUUUAUAUCGUUUUUAAGGGUUAAAGUGUUUUUGGAAAAAAUGUACCUGGAGUUCUUAUAAUUGAUAAAUUGUUAUAGGCUACCUAAUGUACAAACAGCUUCCUUUGUGGAUUUCCUUUGCUAUAAAUGAACAGAGAAUCCAAUAAAAAAUGUCAAAAUGA